UGUGAAUAUCACAGUGAUGAUGAGUUGACCAUUCUUCAUUGACUGACAUCGAGCUGGAUGAGCCACCUCACCUCCGCCAGACAACAAGACAGAUGGACGAGAUAGACACCAUGUUCAUCAACCUCCUGGGAGAGAUAGAUGUUCUCAAAGAGAGUCUGGAGACGCCGGAAACUUCUCAACUAGAACGGGACUCAGAGACAGACCACUUCUCCUUUGGCUUCUCAAACCUAAGAGAGUCUCUGAACCAGCUGGAAGAGCAGGACCUGGACAACCUAGUGGCGAACCUGAGCCUGGAUCGGACCACGACCACAGAGCUGACCACCGACCUUACCGCGACCACAGACCUGACCACCGACCUUACCGCGACCACAGACCUGACCACAGACCUUACCGUGACCACAGACCUGACCACAGACCUUACUGUGACCACAGACCUGACCACAGACCUUACUGUGACCACAGACCUGACCACAGACCUUACCACGACCACAGAGCUGACCCUGCUGGACCGGACUCCGACCUCAGGUCUGACUACAAACUUGACCCUGGACCCGACCCCGACCUCAGGUCUGAUCCAAUACCCGACCACAGACCUGACCCCAGUUCAGAAGCACAUCCCACAUCAGAACCUUGUGCCAGAUCAACAGUUCCUACCGAUCACCCCCUCCAUCUCCCCUAGCGGCACUACCCCCAACGGCAGCCCGUCCCAGGGCCCUGUGGCGGUCCCAGGCCCACUCUGCCUUGGGUCUCCUCUCACACAGCCCCACAAGGUCAAUAUGGAGAUUAGUUUUAAAGUCAGAAUGCAGACAUGAUGAUCAAUGAUAUUCAGGGUGUUCAUUUAUUCAUCAUGUGGAUAUCACGAUUUUCUCCGCCAAUAGAGUCCAGUCCAG